UCACGACUCGCCGCCACAAAAAUACGCACAAAAGCCUCCAAACACCCCGCUAUCAACAACAACAACAUGAAUUGAACCAUCCAUUUCGCAACAAGACAAUGAUAUUCGGCGGUCCCGAGGCUCGGCGCAGCCGAUACAAUAGACAACUCCAACCAUGGGGCUCCGACCCAUGCAUGGAGCACAUAAUCGGCCCUCCAGACCCAACACACACGAGACAGUAUUAUCAAACAGCCAGACCGCACCCAUGGAGACCCACGCUGGGCUACGAAAGUGCAGAAGCGACUCCUUUACCCAGCCAACCCAUGACGAGCACCAUGAUAGACUCCUACUACACCCCGUACGCCAUGGCCACCGAACCCCUCAAAUUUCCAAACUUAGUAACCGGAUUUGAAAGAAACCCAGCACACAUGUCUAAAGUUGCCCUCUACACAAGAUAUACCCCAAUCGAGUGGACUCACAACAACUUACGUAACUACAACGAGUCUGAUACGAAUAGAAACUACUCAGAAAGACUCAGGGGGGAAUUUAUUCGAGCUAUGAGAGAAACUGACGAGAAGACGGCUCAGGGGCAACGCGAAGCGGGGCGCAGGCUCGGCGAGAGGAUCACCGACUUGACGUUUUGGCGAAACGAGGCCCGAACUGAGCUCGAGAGACUCCUCAGCGAAGCCGAUUUGUUACAGGAGUCUCGACGAAACCUCGAGAAAGCCAUAACUGACAUAGAGGGCCCUCUGCACAUAGCGCAGGAGUGUCUCUACCAGCGCGAAAACCGAAUCGGGAUUGAUUUAGUGCACGACAACCCCGAAGAGUCGCUCCUAAGAGAAGUAGAUACUUACCGCAACGACCAACAAAGACUUAAGUCUUUACUCGCCAAAGUCAAAGAACAACUUAGGAACCUGCGAGCCGCACAACACGAGCUUGAAACCGAAGUGCGAAGCAAAGAGUCCACUCUGGGUAUAGACAACAUGUGCCACCAACUCAGCAAUUUUUCCAAAGGGAUUAACUACUACGGAGGGAUCGAGAAAUUUGACCCUACGGUGUCUACAAUAUCUAGCUGGGCGGAGAACAGUAACCGGAUUGUGCAAAGAUCGCAGGCUGAAAGAAGUCGGUCGACGCAGCUGCGUUCAGACACGGAGAACUUGAUAAACACGGUGGCUUCAGAGGUCUGGAACGUUUGGAGUACUACGAACAACGCUCUAGCUCGACGAGCUGCCGAAACCCUGGAAGCCAAGAACAAACUACAGAUGCAUUUGCACAAAGUCCAGCAGGAGAUUUUCGAUAUUGAGAAAAAUAUAGAGCUGCUGAAGAAGGCGAUCAUGGAUAAGAGUAACCCCAUGAAGGUGGCUCAUACGAGGCUGGAGGCUCGUGCUCACCGGAAGAAGGUCGAGUUGUGUAGAGACAACGCGCAGGAUAGGCUUGUGAGAGAAGUUGUCGAUAUUCAGGACAGUAUUGAGUAUCUGCAUAGAAAGCUGCAGGAGGCGGAAGCGCAACACCAGCAACUUCUUCGGACACGGUCGAACCUCGAAAGUGAUCUGCACACUAAAGUUAAUUCGUUGUUUUUGGAUAGAGAGAAGUGUAUGGGGAUGAGGCGGUCGUUUCCUAUUACUGCUACAAUUAAAUAUUAGUCGUUUAAAUAAAUUAUCCCCGAAGAAAACGGUUAUUUAUUACCUACUUCUCUAAUUCAUGAUAGUACAGCGAAUAAGGGACAAAUUAAUUUUUUGUUCUGGCGCCUCCACCAUUUUUACACAAAAUGUAAAAGUCAAAUGAGGGAGUUUUUCAAUUUUCGAUUUCGUCUUUUGAUUUUCCGAUUUUUCAAGUCUUCGAU